AUGAACGGCGUUCCACACUCGCAAUUGGCGCCUUUGCCUGACCAGGUGCCGUUUCGAAUUGUCUCUCCAACCAUCGGGUCUGGAGCAUACGCAUGCAUCAAGAAAGCCGCUCCCCUCAAGACCGAAACGCCUGUAUUCGCCGUCAAAUUCAUCAAUAAGUUGUAUGCUGAGAAAUAUGGCCGAAUCAAGAAGAAGCAGUUGAUGAUGGAGAUGUCGCUCCACAAACACAUUGGUCUUCACAAAAACAUCAUCGAAUUCUACGACCAUGGGUCGGACCCGGCUUGGGUGUGGAUCGCCAUGGAACUGGCUGAAGGAGGCGACUUGUUCGACAAGAUCGAGGCUGAUGCCGGCGUGACCGAAGACAUUGGCCAUGUCUACUUUACUCAACUGAUUGGGGCUGUUGGAUACAUGCACUCGAAAGGAGUGGCUCAUCGCGACAUCAAGCCAGAAAACGUGUUACUGUCGGCCGACGGUGACUUGAAGAUUGCCGACUUUGGAAUGGCAACUCUAUUCGAAUACCAUGGCAAGCGGAAACUGGCGACCACCCUGUGUGGAAGUCCACCUUACGUUGCACCUGAAGUGCUGUCGUCCAGUUCGCAAUCCGGGUGCAAAGAACCAGGCUAUCAAGCCGAUAUGGCAGACAUCUGGUCUUGUGGCGUCGUCCUGUUCGUGCUUUUGGCGGGAAACACUCCAUGGAGCAAGCCGGUUCAAGGGUGGGAUGAAUAUGGCCGUCCAAACGAGUUCAGCGAGUAUGUCCAGAGUAAUGGCAGACCGGAAGACGAGUUAUGGGAUGCGCUUCCUCCGGAGGUACUCUCGCUGCUCCGUGGAAUGAUGAAAGUUGACGUCAAGUCACGAUUUUCUCUCGAGGAUAUUCGGAGACAUCCCUGGUUCACCCGGCCGAACAGAUAUCUCGAUCAGAAAGGCCGACUGAGUGAUCCCAUCACAAUGGCCACGGACAUGUUUGAAGCACUGCACGUCAGCUUUGACGUUGACCCCUUGGCGGGGACGCAGGCAGCCCGGACGGCCGACGAUAUGGAUAUUGAUCGACCAUGCGAGUCCAAGCUGGCAGCGACGCAACCUGAAAUGCCGGGUGAAGACAUGUUGUUCGACUGGGUGCGACCACGGCAUCUGCCCUUUUCCAGCACUCAGAUUGGUAGCGGACUUGCUGCUGGCAUGUCUUCGACCCAAUCCAUCUCGACGACCAAUUUCCUCGCGGAUGAACCUUCAAUGUCACAAUUCGCAGCUACGCCCAGUGUUCCCUUGAGUCGGACACAGAUGGCCCGGAGGUUCCAAGAUAUCAUUCCAGCCUCGGGGUUGACCAAAUUCUACUCUGGUUGGUCAAUGAGCCUACUGGUGCCACACCUUCUCGAAGCCCUAAGCCGGCUGGGCGUGCCGACCCCACUGAUGCCCCGGCCUGAAGCAGACGACUUUGAAUGUAGAAUCAAAGUCAGGACUCAGGAUAGUCGAGGAUGUCCACUGACCGGAAACGUGGCUCUGGAAGUCGUUGGCGAAGGAUUGGUUGAGGUGUGCUUUGUCAAGGCCUCAGGAGAUCCUUUGGAGUGGCGGCGAUUCUUCAAGCGGAUGGUAGUUCUUUGUCAGGACGCCGUGGUCAAACCAGAGGAGUGA